UUUCAGUUUGUAAUAACAAGGGGGAGAUAAAUAGCUGAGAAGACCACAUCUUUGUGUUGUGUGGGACUUCUCAGUCAGCUGCAGUCGCCAACAUGUCUUUCGUCCUUCUCUCUGUCCUCUGGCUCAUUGUACAAACUGAAGCAACAGCCAUAAGGAAAGUACCUGAAUUUGAAGGCUAUGAGGUAGUUCGUCCUAAAAAACUGCACAUUUUGCACAAAAGAGAAAUACAGAACAACCAGACAGAGAUACAUGGUAAAGAGGAAAAAUAUGAACCUGAACUUCAGUAUCAGAUUACAUUAAAUGGAGAAGUCGUUCUCUACCUACAAAAAACCAAGCAUCUGCUGGGGCCAGACUACACUGAAACUUACUACUCACCCAGAGGAGAGGAAAUCACCACAAGCUCUCAGCACAUGGAACACUGCUACUAUACAGGACACAUCCUGAAUGAUAAGAAUUCUGUUGCCAGCAUUAGUACUUGUAAUGGGUUAAGGGGAUUCUUCACACAUCGUGAUCAAAGAUAUAUGAUCAAGCCCCUGAAAAGCACAGACCAAGAAGAACAUGCUGUCCUGACAUAUAACCAGGAGGAGACAGAUCCGGCGAACCACACCUGUGGGAUAAAAACUGUUGGCAGAAAACAAGGCCGCAUUCGGACCGCUAGGUCACUCAAUAGCUCAGAGGAAGAAAACUUUCUUCGGGCUGAGAAAUACAUUGAUCUCUUUUUGGUGCUGGAUCAUGCCUUUUAUAACCUGUAUAAGGGAAAUCUAACUUCCAUAAGAAGCUUUGUGUUUGGUGUGAUGAACCUACUCAAUGUGAUUUAUAACACCAUAGAUGUUCAAGUGGCCUUGGUAGGCAUGGAAAUCUGGUCUGAUGGUGAUAAGAUAAAGGUGGCACCCAACGCAGGCGUCACCUUUGACAACUUUCUGAAUUGGCACCGCUCUAACUUGGGGAAAAUGAGGCCCCAUGACCAUGCUCAGCUACUCAGUGGAAUUGGCUUCAACAAUCGACGUGUCGGGCUGGCAGCCUCGAAUUCCAUGUGUUCCCCAACUUCGGUUGCUAUUAUUGAGGCUAAGAAAAAGAAUAAUGUGGCUCUUGUCGGAGUGAUGUCACAUGAGUUGGGUCAUGCUCUUGGUAUGCCUGAUGCUCCAUAUAAGACUAAGUGUCCGUCUGGGAGUUGUGUAAUGAGUCAAUAUCUGAGUUCAAAAUUCCCAAAGGAUUUCAGUCCAUCCUGCCGCUCACAUUUUGAAAGAUACAUUUUAUCUCAAAAACCAAAGUGCCUGCUGCAAGCACCAAUUCCUAAAAACAUAAUAACAAGACCAGUGUGUGGGAACCAGCUUCUGGAAAUAGGGGAAGAAUGCGACUGUGGCUCUCUUCAGGAAUGCACCGAUCCUUCUUGUGAGGCCGUGACCUGCAUGCUGAAACCUGCCAAUGACGCUGACAAUGGAGAAGAGACUCUGAUUCAUUGAAUGAAUUAAAAAAUCUACUUGAGAUGCUACCUGCCAGGACAAGAGUCAAGAAAUCUAAACAUACCAGAAUUCUUAUGUAUGUUCACCUUUGCUCUUAGAUGUAUUUUGCUUUUUAUUUGUCAUUAUCCUUUCUACAUUUUUGCCAGUCCAGGUAACAGGGAAAUAGAGGUGCUUAAAGAAAUUGCCUGUUUCCUAAGACCUAGAUUUUAAUGCAUUUUUAAGGAUCAUGAAGCUGUUGUUUAGCUUGUCUCUUUGGAAAUCAAAAGAAAGUAGCUCUUGA